CUUUUAAUCUGAUUUUUGUGUGAGAGAGAGAGAGAGAAGAGAGAGAGAUCAUCAUUUCAUAUUUCAUACUAUUUCAUAGGAGUGAGCAGAGGAGACCCCAUAUGAGCAGAGCAGAAAACAAACAGUCAGAAAUUUUCAAUUAUUGUACCUCUCUCUCUCUCUUAGUCUCUUAGAUAUUAUUUAUUUUUGGUCUGAAGUCUGAACCUGAUGAUCUUUUGUUACAUGAUUCACUGAAAUCCUCCUCAUUUGCUUUCAUCCUCUCUCUCCAUGGAAGCUACUGAGUUAUGAUCAUUUCCCUUACCGCAUCUGACGACGACGUGUCUUUAUAACUAUGCUUAAUUAGAGACAAACCUAGACUCUGCUUUCUCUAGCUAAUGGCUGAUCAUCAUCAUCAUCCCCCACCACCUUCUUCUAGGAGCCACUGCGCACCAUCUCUCUUCAGCUCUCCAACUAAUAAGUUUAGGUUUUUCACUUCAAAGCUUACUCCUCCUUUCGACUCUGAUUUCUCUCUCCUCAGCCCGACCUCCAUCCUCGAAGCUGACUCCUCUCUCUUCUCCUCCAGAAACACUCAUUCCUCUUUCGAGCCCACCGCCCCUUUUCCCCAAAGGUUUCACCCUCCCGACACCUUUGGCCUCGCCGAUCUCGUUAAACACCGAGACACUAACACCAACAAACCUGUCAACAAGUUCGGCUCUAAACUCAGAGUCCACAUCCCUUCAGCUGUUUUUGGCACUAAUACCGCCAUCAGGUAUCCUCCCCAUGGACAGGGACAACUCAGUCCUUGCGUCCAGACCAAGGUCCUAUCCGUGAGCGAUGUUGACCAGACGGAGGACUACACGCGCGUCAUCUCUUACGGUCCAAACCCAACCAUCACUCAUAUCUUCGACAACUCUGUUUUCGUGGAGGCUACUCAUUGCUCUGCUCCUUUACCACCCCUAGCCUUCCGUACCGAGAGUUUUCUAAGCUAUUGCCACACCUGCAAGAAGAGUCUUGACCACAAACAAGACAUCUAUAUAUACAGAGGGGAGAAAGGGUUUUGCAGCAGCGAGUGUAGGUACCAGGAGAUGCUUCUUGAUCAAAUGGAGACCUAGCACCCCACUCACUCUCCAUCUCUUCUCUUUUCUUGAUUUUCUCACAGCACAUCUCUACUACUUAGUUCUCUGUUUCUGCAUCCUCUUCUUCUCCUUUUGUUUUGUUUUGUGUGUAUUUCUUCUAGUCAUAACCUCUCUCGCCUGCAGAUAGAUAUAUGAAAGAUAGAGAGAGGGACAGAGUUUCUGAUAACUUUUUUGUUUUUUGUCUGUGUGUACUGUCAACAUGAUGAGAGUGAGUGACUUGGAGAACUGCUGGAUAUUAUCAUAAAUCUACAUAAAAUACUGCUAUCUGAAAUCAAAACUCAAAAGCAGCAUCAAUCUAUACAAUAACUGGCUUCCUUUUGAAGAUGUGCAAGUGGCUUUCCACACUCGUUGUGGCUCUAUGCGUCUGUAAGAGGCAGAGGGUUUAAUCAACCGGACCGGAAAGUGAAAACUAAAUAUAUCAUUUUUUAACUCAAAACUCUUUUUAUUUUCUUUUCCUUUGAUUCAUCGAGAAAGGUCUCAACUAUUUCUAGGAAGCGAAUUGAACGAACUCUUGUUUCCAUCAUCCUGUGAAAUGUUUUUCUUCAUAAUAAAUAGUCUAGUAUGGUUUGGUUUAGUUUAUAGGGUAUAAAUUCUAAGCUGCAUGGAAUCGCCGAUGAAGCCACGAUUCUCGCUCCCGAAGCAGAAGCGGGUUCGGAAUCGCUUGGAAGCGUUCGGAAUCGUCUCGGAAUCGCGUUUCCUGAAAUGCGGUGUUUGGAAGCUUCUUGGAACCGUGCGAUUCAGGAAUGGGAGCGUGAUGGUGAAGAUCGGAAACGUGAUGGUGAAGAUCGGAAGCAUCAACGCUGGUUCUUCUCUUUUCUCUAAACACUAAAAAAAAAAACAAUAUUGUUGGGCUUGUUUUGGCCCACUUGUUAAAUUCUGUAUUUUUUACUUUCAAUGUUUUAGUUUAAAAUUACUCUAUAUGAUUCAAAUAAA